GGGCGAAGGAGUGCGCGCGAAGGUGAUGUGAGGAGACACCCUCACCUUUCCUUUAUCAUCGUGUUAAUAACUGAAAACAUCUGAGUGUGCCCUCUGAGGCUGUCACGAGGUGUUUGUCUCCAGUCAUGUCCGGGAGCUCAGAGAAAGUACCGAUCGCCUCGGCGGGACCAGAGGACCUGCAGCAGUUCAUGCCCCCGGCCUACUCCGCCGUGGCUGUGAAACCGGCCGCCACCGGCCGCCUCCUGAAGGCCGGUAUCGCGGUGCUGAUCGCCGGAGCCCUGCUGCUGCUGCUGGGGGCAGUGGGAGCUUUUUACUUCUGGAACAACAAUGAAAAACAUGUCUACAACGUCCACUACAGCAUGAGCAUCAAUGGUAAAGUGGAGGAGGGCACGAUGGAGAUCGACUCGGCCAACAACAUGGAGAGAUUCAGCACGGGGAGUGGCGCAGACGAGGCCGUGGAGGUCCAUGACUUUGAGAUUGGGAUCACAGGGAUCCGGUUUGCAGGAGGAGAGAAGUGCUACAUAAAGACACAGGUGAAGGCCCGUCUUCCUAAUGUGGAGGCUCUCAACAAGGAUUCCAUGACCUUUGACCUGGAGGAUGAAGUGAUGCCGGCCAAAUUUGAGGAUGAUCUGAUCUGGGUGGCGGCUGACACUCCCCUCUCGGACUCGGCCUUCCUGAGCAACAAGAUUAAGGACCUGUGUGGAGAUCUGCCAAUCUUCUGGCUCCGUCCCACCUACUCCGCCAGCGGCCAGAGAAAGAGGAGGGCCGCCGCCCGCCAGCGCCGGCAGGCAGCCGUGGCCGGAGAGGAGGAAAAGGACGUGGAGGCAGAGUUCAACCCGGAGAACCCCUAUCAAAGAGGUCUGGAGGGUGAGCAGGGCACCAUGAACAUCGACCCCAUGCUGGACCACCAGGGCGUGUGCUGCCACGAGUGCAGACGCGGCUACACCCACUGCCAGAGGAUCUGUGAGCCGCUGGGAGGCUACCACCCCUGGCCGUACCACUACCAGGGCUGCAGGGUGGUCUGUAGGGUCAUAAUGCCCUGCAACUGGUGGGUGGCUCGCAUUAUGGGGCUGGUGUAGACACCCACUAACACCUGGGAGAAAGUAGA